AUGGCUAUGGCAUCAGGCACCCAGAUCAAACGGCCUGCCUCAUCGCAAGGACCACCUGAAAUCAAGCGUCUGAAGCGUCCCUACUACCACCAUCACCACCUCCAAGAACCUGUCACAUUAACGCCUGCAACCGAGCCGGCCGUGCAAGAUGAUGCCCACAUCGACCAUUUAAUGACUCGCGCCAUUGGCCAGACGCUGAAGGAAACCGGCUUCGAUGUAGCCCAGCCUGCUGCGCUAUCCGGCUUAUGUGGUGCUACUGAGGAGUACAUGCUACGACUCUCAGGCUUCGUUCGUCAGUCCAUGCUAUCUUCCCGACGUAUCCAGCCCAUCCCAAUCGAUUUCGAACAUGCCAUGAAGCGUGUCAGGCUCGAUCUCGACGAUCUCCUACCUCACCUCAAACCCGCUGCUUCAGACGUUCCUGCGCCCCAAUUUCUACCAUCACCCCCGCCCGAGAAUGAAAUGACCAAAAGCCUACCAUUCCUCACAGCUUUGAGCAGUGAGGAUGACCGCGCAACCCGCGCCUAUAUUCCGCAACACUUCCCUAGCUUCCCCAGCAAACACACCUAUUCUGCCACUGCAGUCUUCAUCGAGCGCGACGGUGAUCCUCGGAAAAUCCGUGAGCGUGCAGCUGAGGAUGGACGACACGGCGAAGAAGCCUUGCGUAAAUUGGCGAGUGCUGCGUUCCGCGACAACCAAACGGGAUCUACGGGUCGCGAUAAGAAGCUCUGGGGUCGGAGAACGGACAGCAUGGAAAGCAUGUUCGACAAGACGGCCAAGGGACUGGCGAAGAAGCUCGGCAAAGACACCCACGCGUUGUCUGGUGCAUUUGGCUCUGCAAUGGAUAUCGAUUCAGGCCCCGUGGAUGCCGAGACGAAGGCUCAGCUCAAGCUUUCCUGGAAUAUGGAAAUGGGGCCUAUCGUGAAUUGCGAACGAGAUACUUGGCGCCGGACGACAUCAAAUACCCGACGUACGGAGGAGAAAACACCCAAGCCUACUUCCAGCGUCGAGCCGAUGGAAAUCACUGGCAUGUAA